UCUAACGGAGCUUCUCGUUGGUCGUUGUCCCCCGCUUCCUCUGCCACACCGAGGCGGAGGCACCGACCCCGCCAUCAGCCGUUGCCAAGCGACGAGAAGCAGCAGCCAUGUCGAGGUUCUGGAGACCGGGGUCGGAGAAGCCGAGCGCCUCGCUCGUCGACGACGAGGAGGGUGGUGUACUGCUCCUCCCGACCAACACCAACUCUUCUUCCUCCUCAGGGUUUGGGUACGCGUCCUUGGAGAGGCAAAGGCAGCGGCUGCCGGUGUACAAGUACCGCAAGGCUAUCCUCUACCUUGUCGAGCGGCAUGCCACGACCAUCGUCGUCGGCGAGACCGGCAGCGGCAAGUCCACACAAAUCCCCCAAUAUCUUAAGGAGGCCGGCUGGGCUGAGGGUGGUCGACUUAUAGGUUGCACCCAGCCAAGGCGAUUGGCUGUGCAGACGGUUGCAUCAAGAGUAGCUGAAGAAGUUGGUGUAAAACUUGGAGAAGAAGUAGGUUAUACAAUCCGAUUUGAGGAUCAAACAAACCCGGGUAUGACCAUGAUCAAAUUUCUCACAGAUGGGGUACUGAUUAGAGAAAUGAUGGAAGAUCCUCUUUUGACCAAAUAUAGUGUAAUUAUGAUAGAUGAAGCUCAUGAAAGAUCCAUUUCAACCGACAUCUUGCUGGGACUCCUAAAAAAGAUUCAACGCCGUCGACCAGAGUUGCGUCUUAUCAUCUCCUCGGCAACAAUUGAAGCAAGAUCCAUGUCAACCUUUUUCAGCAUUAGGCGGAAGAAUUCCUUGCCUGAGUCUGCUGAUGAUUUACCCAACCCAGAACCUGCUAUCCUUUCUGUUGAAGGUAGAGGGUACACAGUGGAAACUCAUUACGUGGAAGAACCUGUCUCAGACUACUUGCUGGCUGCUGUCAGUACUGUCCUUAUUAUUCAUGAAAAGGAACCACCAGGGGAUAUUUUGGUGUUUUUAACAGGCCAGGAUGACAUAGACGCUGCUCUUAAGUUGCUAAAUGAUGAAAUUCAACACCUUCGAAAACACUAUUUUGAUUUGGUGAUUCUGCCUUUAUAUUCUGGCCUUCCACGUGGAGACCAAGAUCUAAUUUUUGCUCCUACUCCAAAAGGGAAAAGGAAAGUUGUGAUAUCAACCAACAUCGCUGAGACGUCAUUGACUCUGGAGGGCGUGGUGUAUGUUGUUGAUAGUGGAUUUUCCAAGCAGAAGUGUUAUAACCCGAUUUCUGACAUCGAGAGUUUAGUUGUUGCACCAAUAUCCAAAGCAUCUGCAAGGCAAAGAGCAGGCAGAGCUGGAAGGGUACGACCCGGGAAGUGCUUUAGGCUUUAUACAGAGGAAUAUUACCUAAAUGAAAUGCAGGCAGAUGGAAUUCCAGAAAUGCAAAGGUCUAACCUCGUUUCCUGCAUAAUACAGUUAAAAGCACUAGGAAUAGACAACAUUUUGGGAUUUGAUUGGCCAGCUUCUCCAUCACCCGAGGCAAUGAUUCGGGCUCUCGAAAUUCUGUUUUCACUUGGAAUCCUUGAUGAAGAUGCCAAACUAACAGUUCCCAUUGGUUUUCAAGUUGCUGAGAUGCCUCUGGACCCCAUGAUUUCAAAAAUGAUCUUGUCAGCCAAUGAUUUUGGAUGCUCUGAUGAGAUAUUGACUAUAGCAGCAUUUCUAUCUGUUCAGUCUGUGUGGGUUUCUAUGAGGGGAGUGAAGAAGGAAUUUGAUGAGGCCAAACUUCGGUUUGCUGCUGCUGAGGGAGAUCAUGUAACGUUCCUGAAUAUCUACAAAGGAUUUCACCAGUCUGGAAAAUCUAGUCAGUGGUGUUACAAGAACUUUUUGAAUCACCAAGCAUUGAAAAAGGUUAUUGAGAUCAGGGCGCAGCUUGUCAGGGUAAUGAAAAGGUUUGGCAUUCCGCUGAAAUCAUGCGACAGAGAUAUGCAGGCAGUUAGGAAGGCCAUUAUUGCUGGUUCAUUUGCUAAUUCAUGUCAUCUGGAGGAAUAUGGCCAGAAUGGAAUGUAUAAAACAAUUAGGACAUCGCAAGAAGUUUACAUCCAUCCAUCUUCCGUGCUCUUUAGGGUUAAUCCAAAGUGGGUUGUCUACCAGUCUCUUGUUUCAACUGACAAGCACUAUAUGCGUAAUGUUAUCGCAAUUGAACCAUCGUGGCUUACCGAAGCUGCACCACAUUUUUAUCAAUACCGAACACCCAAUCCAGCUCCACACUAACUUUAUUGUAGUAACUUCUUACUCAACUGUGUUUACCCUCCAUUUAUUCAUUGUAACAAUGGUCUGAAGUUAAGUGCCCUGCUGCGCUGUGGGCAAGACUGAGGAAUUUCACAUUUUGUUGUGUUGGCUAUUAUACUUAAGGUUGGCUGGGGUUUCACCCUUUCUGUCAGUUCAUUAGUUCAGCUGGAAAGUAUAAAGAUCAGUGUAACCUGCUUUUAUUUUAAAUAUUAGUUGCUUUGAUGACAAUCAAUUGGGGCAAAGACAUUGAUUUGAUGUAUUUUUUAUAUGCGGAGAACUUCAUUUUCUAAGUGGCACGAUUUUGCCAAUGGAAAGGAACGAUCAUGUUUGUAUAUAAA